GGAUCAGAGACACCGAGUACCUAUAAUAAUGUAAACCCUGGAUCAGAGACACCAAUCACCGACAAUAAUGUAAACCCUGGAUCAGAGACACCAAUCACCGACAAUAAUGUAAACCCUGGAUCAGAGACACCAAUCACUGACAAUAAUGUAAACCCUGGAUCAGAGACACCGAGUACCUAUAAUAAUGUAAACCCUGGAUCAGAGACACCGAGUACCUAUAAUAAUGUAAACCCUGGAUCAGAGACACCAAUCACCGACAAUAAUGUAAACCCUGGAUCAGAGACACCAAGUUCCUAUAAUAAUGUAAACCCUGGAUCAGAGACACCAAGCACCAACCAGGAUCUUGACUUGUCCUAUAUUCUUCGCAAUGUAAUACAAAAGACACCAAUCACCAACAAUAACGUGAACCCUGGAUCAGAGACACCGAAUACCUAUAAUAAUGUAAACCCUGGAUCAGAGACACCCAAUACUUACAAUAAUGUAAACCCUGGAUCAAAGACACCCAGUACCUAUAAUAAUGCAAACCCUGGAUCAGAGACACCCAGUACCUAUGAUAAUGUAAACCCUGGAUCAGAGACACCCAGUACUUAUAAUAAUGUAAACCCUGGAUCAGAGACACCCAAUACUUAUAAUAAUGUAAACCCUGGAUCAGAAACCAAAAACUACCAAACACCAUUAGAGCCAAAUACUCCAAACGAGAAG